UAUUUGGUCGAGAUCAUGAAUAAUGAAGCGUCGAUAACUUUGCAGCCGGUGGAUAAAAAGCCGAGAAUACCCGAGAGCGAGAUCUUGACGACCGGCACCGAGGAUGAGGAAGCUUCCUCCGCGCCUGAACGAGUUUCCGUGCAAAAGAAUCUUCGCUUCUUCGGCGAUACGGAUCAGGAGUCCGUCUCGUCCAACAGAGACCGCAGAAAUAAACGAAUUAACGAUCACGCCUGCUCAAGGCGUGACAUCACAAAUUCGAACCGCCAUAAUUUGGGUAUCAUAUCAGCCCCGAAGAAACCUCCAAGACUCGCUGAAAGCGCGUUGUCUUCGGGCGAGAGCACAACCGGCGAUAGCAGCCAGCAAAGUCAAAACUCUCAGAGAUCGCAAAGAUCUGUCGUGUAUCUCCAUGCUGCUACAGUCGGCGAAAUACCGGGCCCGAACGAGCGACGUCGGGCGGCGAGUCGCGAGGAGUUAAAUCGACCGUUGCAAUCGCACACGAGAACGGUGUCGAGAAGCGUGAGCGUCCUUGCACCGUGGAAACCACGACAUUAUAGGGAACCGUUCGAGAUCAACUACGAUCAGCAACAGCACGCGAAACCGAUCGCGACCAUGAGACGGAGGCAACGGAGUCGCGAGACCCUCAGUCGUCGAGGAAAGGAAGCUCGGCGAAGCAAGGACAAUCUUUCCAAGACGAGUACGAUCAACCGCAGUACAGUGAAAUCGAAGGACAAGCAGAAAGUGGAUAGAACCGUCUCCACGGAAUCGUUGGCCACAAAAUCGCGGAGCUCCAAGCCGGAAUUGAGCAGGUCCACGUCCGUGCCACGCGAUCCGAACAAGAGCGCGGGAUGGUUCAAGCUGAAAAGCAAAAAAUCACGCGCCUAAAUUGGACGGCCAUUGAUCAAUGCUAGUCUCUCGAGUAAACGUAAUUCUCGUAAUCUCGUAGGCGAUUAAUAAGCGUCGAUAUAUCCGGCGCGCGCUGAUUAAUAACGACGCGACUUAUCGAUAUAAUAUAUACCGCUCUUAUAUAUAAUUUUUAACUUACACGAGCAUCGAUCGCGAUCUCGCGGGUUUCUAAUUCUUUAACCGAGUAGCGCAUAAUUUUGCGGCAACGACAUGCAAAUUAAUUACUGUUAGCAUGUUAAUCGAUUUCGCGAAUUUAUAGAAUUUCUGUGUCAUCCGAGACACAAACUCUUACACAUAACGAAAUAAAUACACUUAUCCAAAUACAAAUAGAUACACGUGAGGAAGCUUCGAACCUAAGUUGCUCGUCAAAUUAAUAUUGUUAUACUUUGCGCAUUAAAUAAAUAUAACGCUUCUUGUAACAAAGAAGAUUGCAAAAGGAAUAUGAUCGAAUAUGUAAGUUUUUGAAUAAGUUUAAAUACGAAUUGUGUAUUCUAAAAUGAGAAUUUUCUCAAUAUAUUAAAUGCUACA